AUGUUCCGUCACGAAUUCCAAAUCGCCCUCGACCGCGAUCAAAGUGCAACCUCCAUCGCCCUAUCCUACCAAAGCGACGACUUGAUGGAAAAACUCAAACAACUCAACUACGAAAAAAAUCUCCUUCGCGAAAUGAAGAUGAAACAACUUCACCGCUUCUACUUCAUCCGUGCCGUCAACUCGGGCGAACAAUUUUUCAUGUUUAUCUCAAUUUGCGCGUGGCUCAUCCGUCAAACUGGCAGAGAUUUUCCUCCGCCUCAAGAAUUCGACGAUCCAAAUGUCGUCAUUUCAAAAAUCGUCAAAGUUUUGCAAGAAAUGGACAUUCAAACGGAUUUUCCAACCACGAAGCUGAUUCAGGGCGCGGGUCCCAUUUGCAUCUACAUCAUGGAUUGUUUGGCGCAGCAAGUCCUAAAAUCGGCAAAAUCCGCCUUAAAAGCUCCUGACAUCAAAAAAGAAGACGCUGCCGUGCUGGAAACGAUGGACAACGAUCAAGAAGUGAUUUUGGAAAAAGUUGAGGAAUUGAACGCCUUUGCGAGUGACGAAAGUGACGACGAACACGCCUCGAUUUUCGGGAUAAAUCUUCAAAAUUCGAACCCGAAAAGGGCCCAAAAAGAGUACAAUAAACUCGAAACCGUUGCUGACAACGAACAAUGGCGCAUGGAACUCGAACGAGUGUUGCCAACAUUAAAAGUUGUCGUGAAAGCGGAUCCACGUGAUUGGCGCGCACAUUUGGAACAAAUGAAAUCCUUGCGAAAAAACAUUCAAUUGUCAAGCGACGAGACAGAAAGUCAAUUAAAAAAGUUACAAUCCGACAUUUCUCUGGCUUUGGAAAAAAUCGAGUCACGUGAAAAACAUUUAAACAGCGACUUGAAGCCCACAGUUCAGUCGUACAAACACAUUUCAACCGAAUUUCAGCAACUUUCGACGUUAAUUCGCGAAAAUGACCAAGAAAAGGGACAAAUCGAGCAACAAUUAUUCAAAAUUUCGAACGAACUCGACAACAUUAAAAUCCAAAUGGAACAACGAGGCAACACAAUGACCGACGGAAGUCCCCUGAUUAACAUCAAAAAAGCCAUUUACAAGAUUAAAGAGGAAAUUCAGGACAUGGACAUCAAAAUUGGCAUCAUGCAGCACACACUCAACACGGAAAUCAUGAAACAAGGCUCGGCUUAUGUCGAUUUCGAGACAAUGUCGAUGAUGGCUUAACUACAAAAAUAAUAAUAAAAUUACUUUUA